CGUGCCUGAUUCCCUGAAUGUGGCCGUCGUCAUUUUGCCUUUGAAAAUCUGGUGAAGUCCCUCCCGACUCCUUCGCUUCCCGUUCAUACCGAAAUGCUCGACUCCUACUCCGUAGUGUCGGCCCAUCACCAAAAGCAAAAUCAGAAAGCAUAGCGAAGCAGACUCGAUAGACUCGAAAGACAUGGCUUUCUUGUCUUUGUCUUGCUUCCAUCGCCGUUCCUCUUACACAUGCUAUCUCAAACGAUACUCGAGUCUCAACGACUUACCUACUCAGUAACAAACAAGCCCCUGGCUGGCUACGCCAACGCCAACAAAAACUCGCCGUACGCAAUUUCCAGCAGAAACCCUCUCCCCUCCGCUCUCUUGAGUUUCCUUUCCCCCCUCCUUACCUACCUAGCCCUGUGCUCAGGCGCAACGGCAGCGGGACAAUAUUUGUUCGUAGUGCCUCAGGCCAACAAUGCGCCCUGCGUGCCCUGUUUCCUGCACUAAGAGUUCCCCUUAUCCACCGCCAGUCAAGGUUUGGUCUAGCGCCAAAUUUUGGUUAUUGUCACGUCUCUUCUCUUCCAUGUCUCUCUGUCUUGUCUUUUCUUUGGGGGGGCCACUGUCACUGGAGUGGGAGUGUCCCCGUUCCCUCACUCGCACACUUCCUUCUCAGGAACUUCUGCCCAAUCCAGCCCAGAAGCACCAGGAGAGGAUACCAAAAACGGCCCAGUGGCCCAUUCGAUUUUUGGCACCCUCUUAUGCCAUUGCUGUUGCUUCUGCGCGCCGAAAUUGAGUGGGAGCCAUCAAGAGAAUGAGACGGGAAGCGUGAGCCGCUGAUGAGGUGAAUAUCAAAGGUACGUACUCUUGUCUUCUGCCCUUCCAUUACCCUACCUGAGGUGCUCUCCUCCCCCUCUUAGCCAACUGGAAAUGGAACCCCAGGCAGGUCCCAGGCUGGUACCUCAGUACCAGUACCAGCACCAGUACCAGUACCGCACUUGUCUCGAAGCACUCCCGGGCUUGUCGCUCCUCCCCAUCCUCUUUCUUCCCAUCACCCACCCUUCUUCGUGCAGUCCACGAUCUUCAACCUUCACUUCUCAUUAUCUCCAUUCUGCUUCAAGCGCUCCUUGUGUAUGGAUUGUGUUUGAGUAGUCUCAAAUCUUAUUUCUCUUGAUUUGCCAAUCGAAUUUUGCCACCUACACACUUAAUCUUCGUCUCGGCGCUCGACAUCUCGACCUGAACUCGUCUCAACCCUGCCGUGACCGAUCACAACGAGUUUUGCGAAAACACAAACCGACCGACCGUGUCCUCAACACGCCUCCGAUUCGCGUCUACGCUUCAUAUUCGACGUCUCCUUGUCAACCUGAUCACGACUGUUGACUUCGUUUUUCCCGUUGUCGCGCCGCUGAUCCUCCACCCUUUGUGUUGACAUCUCGACCUGCCUCGAGUCUAGUUCGACGAUUGCGAUCCCUGGCGGUCGGAAUACGAUCCACCAUUGUCCUGCCGAAUGAGACUUCCUUUGAUCACUCUGGUUCUCGACUCCUCCCUACGGUCUCCCCGACGCGCCAUCUGAACGGCGUCGUCAUGCUCCAAAGACUGCGACAAUAGAUUAGACACAUACCCCCCUCAGGUGUUCACUACGUUAUCUCUAGCACAGAUUAUGACCGACAGGCCGGCGCCGCUGUCCACGCAGUCUGCGACUCCUAGCCAGAUCGCCUCUCUUGCUCUCUCAGGCGCAACGCCUAAGGACGAAGUUGCCCAACUGAAUGAGGGAGCGGAAGAAGAGCCAUACACUAUCAAGUGUAUAUGUACCUUCUCUAUCGAUGAUGGAAACACAAUUUACUGCGAGUCGUGUGAUUCGUGGCAGCACAUCGACUGCUUUUACCCUGAUAAUCGAGAGGAAGCUGUACGCGAAGAUUUUGCACACUCUUGUGCAGAAUGCAAACCGCGCCCUCUCGACCGUCAAAAGGCUUAUGAUCGUACACUACGCUUGAUAAAUGGAGCAACGGACGAGCGUGCCGACAAGAGAACAAAAAGACCACCUUCCAAAAGCCAUAAGAAGAGAUCGAGGCCUGCGGAUCUACCAAUAAAUGGCCAUGCGAGUCCGCAGGAAAAUGGAAAGAAUGGUCAUUCUGGAGAUCAUCCUCCUCCCAAAAAGGCGAAACAUCGCUCAUCACACUCUGUCAGUUCUCAGGCUCCCAAACGGAGUCCUUCAUACGGAAAUGGCCGAUCAAAUACUGCCCACCCUCCCAGUCCUGCAACUACCCCUCCCGACCUUCCCGAUGAUUUUCAAAUCCAUCAUUACUCUGAAAAGUUCUACGACCUAUAUAGUGCCAGAAAUGUCCCCGAGUCGCGGAACAAUGCCUUUGCCAGUCUUGCCAUUCCUACUGCGCUAUCUCGCUGGCUUCGCGAACCCAAUACGAUGCGGAGUGAAGUUGGCAGACGCCAUUCGGAAGUAUUCCAGAAGGCUCCCUCGAACCUGGAAGCCAACAAGCCCAAGCUUGAAGUCAGUGAUGCAACACGAACACUGGACGAUGGCAAAGCUCUAAGGUGGAGGUUUCUCAAAUCAAGUACACCAAUCGAAAAGGAUGUGCCUCUUGUUGAGCUGAAUGGUGAAAUUGGGUUUCAAAAGGACUACUGUGCUGACCCUGUCAACCUCUGGGCAGAUUUAUCUUCCCCUCUCCCAUUUGUCUUCUUUCACCCUGUCCUCCCUUUGUAUAUCGAUACAAGGCAAGAGGGCUCUCUUGCUCGUUAUGUUCGCAGGAGUUGCAAGCCCAAUGCUCAGCUUGAUACAUAUCUUGCUGAUGGAAGCGAAUACCAUUUCUGGAUCGUGAGCGACAGAUAUAUCUCCGCCAACGAGCAAAUCACUCUGCCCUGGGAUUUUCGACUGGAGAAGAGUGUGGAUGUGCGAUGGCUUCAUCUUCUUGGCCUGAGUGACGAUGACUCGACCAACAACACGGAAACUCCGGUAGAUGGGACAGAAUACAUGGCAAUAUCCAAUUGGAUAGAUCGAAUUCUCUCCGAAUACGGUGGGUGCGCGUGCGAUCUGGAUAACAACUGUGCAUUCGCACGAUUUCACCGUCAGUAUCUCUUCGGCAAACCUCAAGGACGUGUGCCAGCAAAAAAGAAAUCAAGAAAGCCGAAAACACAAGCCAUUUCCCCAACAAACACGGGGCAGCCUGCCCCCAGUCGAGCCACGAGUGAAGGCCACGUUGACGAUGCUGGGGAUAACGAUAACAGAUCCCAAUCUGGGUCUAUGCGAAGCAAACCACCAAGUCGUGACCUUACACCUCUUCGACAAGGAUCUUUCGAUCAAUUGGGCAUACUGACUGAGCCAACGGAUCGAGACAAGCGGAAGGUUGCCAUGGUUGAGGAUUCGUUCCGUCGCAUGGAGCAGCAACAACCCUCGCGGAAGAAAAAGCGAGUAUCGGAUGGUACUGGUUCAACAUCCUCGAAGUCGAAACAUCGCAAUGGCUCAGUUGCGUCUCAUGGUAACUACGUGGAUGCUGGGACUUGCAGAAGCCACUCAGGAUCCCCUGCUAGCUCGUCUCCGCAUAUUCAGCAAAGGCCGUCAAUCUCGAAUCAAGAUGUCGCGGCGACUCCAUCACGUCAAUCUUCAGCUUCUCCCAGAGGAGUAUACUGUGAUGCUGCGGUGCAGACGGACCCUGUCGAAGGCGCCUGGUUUAGUGGGCCACAUCAAUCACCUCGUCCUAAGAAACGGAUAAUUUCGCUCUCGAAGCGACUCUUAAAUAGCCGCCAUAAAUUCCGAGGUGAAGGAGAGGAUCUGCGCAGGCGAUCAUCUGCCAGCCAGGUAUCUAAUGGCACCAUCAUGGAAGUUGACUCGCCUCUAGAGCACGAGGUAGUCAUCAAGCGAUCGGAUUCAGAAUUGCCGCCUUUGUUUUCUACACCGGGUGACACACAUAUGGUAGAUACCUCCUCACCAACAACGACUCCUGUACUAGGAUCGGCUGCGAGUGACACAUCGACCAAGGCAAAGACUCCUGACCUACGUGUGCAGCUACCUCCUGUGCCAGCAUUCGAUAGUGCAGGACUGGGGAUUCUCAACGCAACAACGCCAAAGUCUGGUGGUGUCGGUCACUCCCCCCUUUCAGGUACAUUGCCAAGUCCAUUCGCUCCGCCGGCUGUAAACGGCGUUGGUGCCCACCCUAGUCCUGUUAAGAAAAAGCUGAGUCUCAGCGACUACACCAAAAGCCGGUUGAACAAGGCUGCCGGGAGAACAGCUGGAGGGCACGCCGUUCUUAAGCCUUCUAUCUCAAGCCCUGAGGACACCAAGGUCGAUAUUAUCGUCGAUUCCCCGUCGAUUGAGAAGUCGGCGGAGACUGUGAUCUUGGCUCCCGUGGCCGCUGCUAAUGGGUCUUCAUAAAGGAUGAUGUACCUGUACGUUUAAUGUGUCAACCGUUUCAAGAUUUUCUUUGUUUCGUUUGGAAUUGGGGAUGACGGGAUCAAAAGCCUGGAGUUCUUUCCUUUAUAUACACUGGCUGGUACGUCAGAUGAUUACCCCUUUGAUUUGGCGUUUGGGGAGGUUGUGGGAUUAGGGAUGCCGGGAUUGAAGGGUUCUGUCAAUCGAACCCUGGCAUCUAAAUAUGGGAACGGCGCACCAGGUAUGGUGCCUACGGGUCAUGAGAUUUCUCCCAGGGGAGAAAAAGCAGAGAUGUUAGGUGGUCCUUGUUCGGGAUAUUUUUUUGAUUGAUGUGCAGUGGAAGAGGGGUGGCCAUGACCCAAAUUAAGCGAAGAGUAGAAUGGAGUAAAUCUCUUACGGAAAGAUGCUGAAGGAGUCGUUGUAUGUAAUUAUAGGCGUCAAUCCUACUUGCACGUACUCACCAUAGUCAUGCUGCAUUGCUCUGAACGAUGAGAAUACACCCCUUGAAAGAAACAACGGGAUCUUGAACUGCAAUCUCUGAUGGCAUGGAACCAAAGGACAAAGAUGAGAUUCACAGUAGGCAACACGCAUUCCGUGACAUCGCGGUUAUUAUUCUAAAUUAUUAACUUUCCAACCCGU